ACGCGGCACAAACGCUACCGGUCCGCCGAUUGUUGGGUCAAAACAAUUGGCCAGAAGAGGCCGGGCUGUGCAUGCAUGGAGGCGUUGCUGCGGGACGUGUCGGGCGCGGCGGAGCUGCUGGCCGCGGCGGCGCACGGCGGCGGGGCGGCUCGCUGGGACCGGCCCGCGCUGCACAGAGCCUUCACCUGGGCUCAAUACUGCGAGCACGUCCACGCCAGGUUCCAGGGAAACACCGCCAUCAGAGGGGCUCUGGAGAAGCAGCUGCAGAUCACAAAUCAAAGUUUGCAAGCUGCUUUUCCCGAGUGUUCCCUGCAGGUGUCCUUCUCGGACCUGCGCCGCUGCCAGCAGCUGCUGCUCUCCGGGCUGCUGAGCAACCCCGAGCUGCCCGGCUCCGCCCUCAACAUGCUUUUUGAGACCAAAGAAGACCCUGGUGUUGGUGUCAUGGAUAGUGAGUACGAGGAGGACGCCACUGGCCUCUGUAGCUACCUCAUUCAGUGCAAGUCAGCUUGUAAAGUCCUGCAUGCUCUGUCCAGCUCGUCAGCUGUGGGUGCUGAUGCUGAGGUGCAGGGGGAGAUGCUGAUGGAGAGGCUGGCCGCUCUGCUGGGCCAAGGCGGUGACCUCCACCGGGACCGGGCACAGCACCUUUUGCACUCAGUCCUACAGGUAUUUGAUGGAGCGGUGCAGCAUUUCUGUCUCGUCAUCGCCGCAGCUCUGCUGACAACAAAACAUUCGGCUGCACAAACGACCGCGCGGGAUUUUCUGUUGGACUGGCUGCAGAAUCAACACGGUUUGCUGCAGUGCAUGUGUUCUGAGUUGCCCUCCGGACUGAUGAGAGAUCUGGCUAGGGAGCAGCAGAAAUGUAGAGGUGUGUUCUGCAGCGGACUGAAGAAGUGGGCCUCAGAGAUGGAGUACAGCAUGAACGGGGAGGGAUGGGUCCACUCCAGCACAAACCCCACGCUGUCCUUCCAGAAACUAGUUGAGCGCUUUUGGGCUUUGUUCGAGGCCUGUCCGUCUCUGAGGGUGAAGACAGAAGAUGAGCUGAAUGCCUUGAAGGUUUCUGAUGGAGACUUUGAUGUUGAAGGUCUGAGCGUGUGGGGAGACAUCUUAUCAGCAUUAAACAGACAAAACCUUUCUUCAGGGGUGGAGGAGAUCACCAAAAUAUAGGCAUUAGAUUUAUUCAUCCAUUUUUUUUUAAAUAAAAAUAAAGAGGUCCCGUCUAGCAAUGCUUUAAACAGCUGAACAAUGGCACCUUUUCUGCCGUUUAAUGUUUUACUUCAUCAGAUCAAACAGUUGCAACCACAACUUUGUGUCUAAGUUUUACACGUUUUUUUAUUUUAACUUUGUUCAUGGAUUUUUGAGUUUAAAAAUAUUUAAGUACCUGAUUUUGCCAAAUGAAGUGGAGGUUUUUGUUUGACAAAAUAUUAAUAUUAUAGUUAUAUUGGAGUC